CAAAAGGCUAUGGUAAACCCCCGAAGAAUUUCGGAUCAGUCAUUGAUUUCUAUUUUAAGUACAUUCACACUUGUUGAAGGUAUUAAAAAAAUUGUUUUAAUAAUUAAAAAUAUUUUACUCUGGAAACUGGCAAAAUUAUAAAGCAUUUAUCAUGGCUCAGAAAGAUUUUGGUUUGCUUACACUACAUUUUGCGCUUAUAUGUAGUAAUUGUUUAUAACUUAUCUAAUGGAAUUAUUUUGUUUAAUUUGUUGCAAAAAUAUUUUAAUAUUUUUAAGUGAUCCACAACAAAUCCUCCCACUCCGUAAAAAGUAGGUUGAGAGCUUUUCGUUCUUUUCACGCUGAAAUGGGAAAAAUGGCACUACACGUUAAGUCAGUUAUCCAUUUGGGUUGGUCAAGAUCAGAUCGAACUACGGAAAUACUUGGCUAAAAGUCAUUUUCGGAAACAACACGAUUAUCAUUAACCAAGGAUUAUUAUUAACCAACGACUAUCAUCAUGUGCAACGCAAUUUGUGAAUGCCUUAAAUGUCCUGGCAAAGUUAUUUGCUGUUGCUGCUCCUGCGCCUGCAAGAUGCUGCUGAGCAUCGUGUUUUCCGCGCUUCUGAUGGUCGUGGUCAUCGGCCUGAUUGUCUACUUCACGGUCUUCUAUCACAAGGAUAAGAACACGGACGAAGUGCAGAAGCAGGUCGCCCAACUGGCGCCCAUUGUGAAGCGCAGCAUUCGCGACUACUUCAGCAAGGAGUACUGAUCUGAGGACAUGAAUUUAUACUAUAGGCCAUACUAAUAAUAAUAACCCCGUCGAAAUCGAAAUCGAAACGAACCAACAACCAAAGCCGUUCAGUGCAUGACUUAAUCUAAUCGCGUCGGAUGCUCGUUAUGGGAUUUUUUCUUAUCUAUAGAUAGUUUGCGACUCAAUUGAAUGGGCAAUUUGUGAGUUCUUUAAAAAGGUAGAUACUGUUGUAGCGUCGAAAAUGUGACUCACUGAAUGCUUUAAAAUACAUUUUAAGCUCGAAACUGAAUAAAGCAUUCACAAUAUGUGUAUGCAAGGCAAAAAAUAAAUCAGAAAUAAAAGUUUAUUGUAAGAAACGACACUCACUCUAUAAACAAAACAAAAAAAGUAA